AUGUUGAUGUUUGGCUCACUUGAAGAUAUUAAAGGAGUGAAGGAAACAGACGGUCAAAAGAGGUGCAACAAUUUGACUGGGCUUCACCGCUUGAGUGGAAUCUAUAGGCGCUUGAGCGGCAGAGCAGUACUUCUCAUCCAAACCAAGGCACUCAAGCACCUGCUCAAGGGGCAUAGCUUAGACUCAAGAGGACACUGGCCCUUGAGCGGGACACGCGAAUCUAGUGCAUAUCCCUAG